AUGGAGUCAUAUAAUUUAACAAGAACUUUGGAAUUCCUUCUCCUUGGACUCUCAGAGGACCCUGAACUGCAGCCCGUCUUAUUUGUACUAUUCCUGCUCAUAUACCUGCUCACUGUGCUUGGAAAUGUGCUCAUCAUAUUGGCCAUCAGCUCUGAUUCCCACCUCCACAGCCCUAUGUACUUUUUCCUCUUCAACCUUUCAUUGUCUGACAUGGGUUUCAGCAGCACCACCAUGCCCAAAAUGCUGGUAAACAUGCAGACUCAUAAGAAAUCCAUAACUCAUUCUGAAUGCCUAACUCAGGUGUCUUUCUUCUUUCUUUUUGGCGAUAUGGGCGGCCUAUUACUGACUGUGAUGGCCUAUGACCGAUGGGUGGCCAUUUGUCACCCUCUGCACUACCAAGUCAUUCUGAACCCUUGUCUGUGUAGAUGUUUGGUUAUAGCUUCAUUUUUCAUUAGUUUUGUGAGUUCACAAAUACACUGCUUGAUGGUGUCACAACUAACAUUUUGCACUAAUAUGGAAAUCCCUCAUUUCUUCUGUGAUGUUACAGAGCUUCUAAAACUUGCCUGUUCUGACACCUCUAUCAAUAAUAUAAUUAGGUUUCUUUUAAGCAUCAUUCUUGGUUUCCUCCCAGUCUCAGGAAUAUUUUAUUCCUACUAUAAAAUAACUUCCUCCAUUUUUAAAGUUCCAUCACUGUUAGGGAAAUAUAAAGCCUUCUCUACCUGUGGAUCUCACCUGUCAGUUGUUUGCUUAUUUUAUGGAACAGGUAUAGGUGUCUACCUUAGUUCAACAGUUUCUAGUUCUUCCAGGGAAAGUGUGGUGGCCUCAGUAAUGUAUACAAUGGUGGUUCCCAUGAUGAACCCCUUCAUUUACAGCCUGAGGAACAGGGACAUCAAGAAAGCCCUUCACAAAAUUGUCAAACAAAUAAUGUAG